AGGCUACCCAACCACGUUAGCAUAAGCUCAUUUAUAUUUAUAAGCUAAGCCUUCUCUACAACCCACCAACGCAAACCGGACCAAGCGCAAAACACUUUUUUCUCUGCUGUGGCGGCUGUAGACAGGACACUUAGAGCACCUUGUACCCCAGAAAAGGGUGACUAUGGCAGGCCGUUCCAACUGUUUUUACUGUCGCGAAGACCUCAGUGGAAAGAAGUUUGUGAGGAAAGACGAGAAACAAGUCUGCGUUCGAUGCUUUGACAAGUUCUGCGCAAACACCUGCACGGAAUGUCGACGCCCAAUCAGCACCGACUCCAAGGAGCUUCACCAUAAGGGCCGGUACUGGCACUCGGAUUGUUUCCGAUGUGCGAAGUGCUAUAAGAAUCUGGCCAAGGAGUCUUUCACCUCCAAGGAUGACAGGAUCCUGUGUGGGACAUGUAGCUCACGUGAGGAUGCCCCUCGCUGCCAUGGCUGCUACAAGCCCAUACUGGCAGGCACUGAGAAUGUUGAAUACAAAGGCAACUCAUGGCAUGAUGAGUGUUUCAUCUGCUAUCAGUGUCAAAAGCCAAUCGGCUCCAAAAGUUUCCUAACAAAGAACAACAACAUCUACUGUAGCCCUUGCCACGAGAAGAAAUUUGCCAAACAAUGCGCUUGCUGUAAGAAGCCCAUUACAACAGGAGGUGUGAAUUACCAGGACCAGCCGUGGCAUUCUGAGUGCUUUGUGUGCUCCUCCUGCCGAAAGCCCCUGGCUGGCACCCGCUUCACCUCCCAUGAGGAAAAGGUCUACUGUGUGGACUGCUACAAAAGCACUGUGGCCAAGAAAUGCAGCAGCUGCAGGAAUCCCAUUACGGGAUUUGGCAAGGCUGCGAAUGUAGUGAACUAUGAGGGUGGCUCUUGGCACGAUUACUGCUUUAACUGUAAGAAGUGCUCCCUCAACCUGGCAGAAAAGCGCUUUGUAGCUCACAGUGGAGACAUAUACUGCUCUGACUGCUCCAAGAAACUGUAAGCGCCUGAUGACCGUGGAGACGCGGAAGAGUGAGAUUACUUUAGAAAAAUAUCAGCAUUCAUUUAAAUUUAUACAAAAGUCCCACAUAAAUAUGCUGAAGUAUUGACAAAGGCUUCUGCUAUGUUGGUUCUGGCUUCUUUAUGAAGGGAGUUUGAUAUUUCCUGUGAGGAACAUUACGUUUACCUAGAAGCUUUGAUGGGAAAGCGUAUCCUCUCUCUUUCCAAAGGCCCUUUUGUCUCAGGAAAGAUAGUAAGACUGGGUGAAAGAUGGAUAAUGAGAAGAGGUGUGUAUUAAGAGGGUGAAGUCUGUAGAUUGAGAUGUAUUACUGGUACAUAUGUGUUUCAAAUAAUGUUUAUAAUAUUAAACUUUGGGUUGAUCAUUUUUUAAAUCUUUAACAGCUUGUAAUAAUGGACACCGAACUUUUCAGCACUGUGUUUUUCUGUAUCUUUUAGUUUGCUUUCUUGGGAUUUGAAAUACUAAUUUUCGUAUAAAAAAAACAACCCAUAUUGGAGAAACAAAUUAAUAUGUGUGGCUUUUGUUUCCUUACUAACACAUUCUCCUCUUCCAUUAACAUGACAAAUAUGUUAUUUUAUUUGCCUUUGUAUAUGACCUGAGAAAAAUAAAGUUGGGAGUCUGUCCUUUGUGUUCUUUAA